AUGGAUUCUACAGUCAAUCGAAGUAAGAAGAGAGUUAGGACAGCUCGUGUUACUGCUACUGUCGAGAAUCCCGCAGGCACAAUGGCCACCCAUCUACCAGUCCCCAAAGACAACGGCAACGGCAACGGCAAGUCCAAGGGCUACGAGUCUGAGGAGAUAUCUGGAGAGCAUAGCCAAGUCCUUGUCCCAAGCCCUCAUGCUGCCGUCUUGGUAAACUCCAACGCAGUGGCCUUGCAGAUAGCCAACAGUCGUAUCAACGUCGACAAUCUCUACGAAUUCGAGGUAUCGCCAUUGCUCAACAGUAGUGGUCCAUCCCGAUCCAACGCUAUCUUAGCAUCCGACGCAGUGGCUCUGCAGACAGCCAACACUUUCAGUAACAGCCGUGGCCUAGCUCAUCGACCAAUUCCCAUCCCAAUGUCAGUUAUCAGCCAGCUGUUCGCUGCACUCAAAGCCUCAACGGGGGGAGAUCCGAACUCUGAAGUUAUUCGUAACUACCCUGGCCUCCAUGCUGCGGCAGAAGGACUCGACGCUCUCGGUAUUGCGGCUUUAGAGACAAUCCUCCGGAUUGCCAAAGACCAAGUCGCUGGAGUUAGCCAUGCGUUCUACUGCUUCUCGGAAUUGCCUCCGGAAUUGCGGGCUGAAAUUUGGCGAUUGGCAGCUCCGAAACCUUCUGUUGUUGUGAUUCGCGCAGGUUGGAUGUUCGUGAACGGCAUGCACGUCCCUAUGUUGAUUCCAGUUCUCUACAAGCGACCAGCUCUGCUAUGCGUCAACCGAGCCAUCUCGACCUUUAUGACCGGCAUUAGUCCUCCCAAGGCUGGCCAAUCAGUCAUUCAGGCUCCUGGUACUCGCUUCAAUGUCAAUAUGAAGACUGCAUUCUUCCUUGAGGAGGUCCGCAUGGGUAGCCAAGAUACGCUGGUGUUCCGGGACUUGAUUCUUUGGUACAAUAACGCUAGAGGUCCUCCCUUGGGUCCCGCGAGGCUCAAUUUCCGAACCUUGCGGUUUCCGAAGGUCGAGAACCUAGCCGUAAACUACGCACGCGGAGCAUACGGAGGCUUUUCCUUCCCCGUCCUUCUGGAGGCAGCUCCAUGGCUUCACAGUCUCUUCCCUGACCUCAGAAAGUUGACUCUCAUGAUCGCUCGAGAUUUGGGCGGAGGCUUGUCGGAGGUAGUAGGAGGUAUUGAUGGUCAUCCGAUCUUAUUGGUCCCUACGAACGUCCCACUUCACUUCCAUGCAUGGACUGGAGUUGAGAUUGCGAGAAUCGUUCAACUUUUCUGGGACAACUACCAGAAGAGAAUCUCUAUUGAGUUUUCGAGGGUUGUAUUGGAGCCGCCCCCCCGCAAGGCAACAACAUAG